GUAAUUUUUGCUACUGCUACAACAACAUAGUAGAGCAAGUCAGCUUUCGAUAUUAUGAUAGCCAACAUCUAAUAUGAAGAAAAAUGAAAGGGCAAACUUAUCGGCCUCUUAUAACGAUCUAAUUGCGAUGAUCACCAAUCCUCGAACUUCGAUCAUUGGUACAUACCGCAUUGAAAGUGUUGUCGGUGAGGGAAGUUUUGGAAAAGUGUACCUUGCAGUUCACCUCCUUACAAACACAAAGGUAGUGUUGAAAUCUUCUUCUCGUAAGCAGGCUGUCAUUUUAGCCCGAGAAAUCCACCAUCAUCGUCGGCUUUUACAUCCCAACAUCACUCGCCUGUAUGAAAUGAUUUGCGUGGAAGAUAGAAUUUACUUGGCAAUGGAAUAUUGUCCCAAUGGCGAGUUGUACGAAUAUGUGUCACGUCAAGAGGUGUUGGAUGAACAUACAACAUGCAGGCUUUUUUGGCAAUUGUGUUGCGCCAUCAAAUACCUGCAUACGCAAGGUUGUGUUCACCGUGACUUAAAACUUGAGAAUAUCUUCUUAGACAAAAAUUUUGAUGUCAAAAUUGGUGAUUUUGGGUUUUCAAGGGACACUGAUUGUUCACGUAGAACUUUUAUGAGUACACGCUGCGGCACUGUGGCUUAUUGUGCUCCUGAAGUUGUGCUUGGCCAAAAGUAUAUUGGUGAAUGCGCCGAUAUUUGGUCCCUUGGUAUCAUCAUGUAUGCUAUGUUGGUUGGCCGUUUGCCGUUCGAUGAAGACGAUACGAAUCUGACCGAACUCAAAAUUAUAACUGAACAGCCGUUUCUUCCAGAAACAGUUUCCCCCAGUCCAGCUGACUUGCUCACUCGAUUAUUAUGCAAAGAUUAUCGCUUCCGACCUUCCAUCGAUCAAAUCCUCUCCCAUCCUUUUUUCCAGGAUAAUGGGUACCACGUUUCCUCAAUCAAAACUGUUAAAACAUCUGUUAAAGCGGAAGAUAAAGUUCGUAGAAGGCUGGAAUUGGUUGGCGUCGAUAUAAAUCAGCUGAACAUAAGCAUAUCCCAGCAGCGUUGUGAUCUUCUAUACGGUUGGUGGCUCUUGUUGCUAGAAAAGGAAACAAAAAAGGAAAAUAAGAAAAGUAAUUUAUUUUACUUGCAGCACUCCAAGGGGAACUCUUCUUCCUUCCAUAUCCCGCCAUCUUCUCCUUCACUGAAAACUGCCGAGGUGUCUGUAACUUCUAGUCACCCAAACUCUAAUAAGUUAUCUCGGUCUUAUCAUGGGCAUAGUAGUGGAAAUUUGCUCUCUACGUUCAAAAGUUGGUUGUUUGAUUCGAAAUCUAAGCAUCCCUCUGGAACUACUUCCCCAAGUUUUGAUACUGUUUCAACGUCAUCCAAAUGGUCAAAGCGUAGUAAAAACUUGAAAAAAAGAAGCUCUUUAGAGAAUACUUCAAGUACAAAAGGAAGCGAUCAUGAGCGGCUUUCAAGCUCUAAACAUUCAAAGGAGGCGAUUGUGGAUUCUCAUGAAAAUACCGCUUUCGAGCAGUCUUUACCUUCUACGGACUCUCAUUCUAGAAUAUCUAAUUUGGUAGACGAAAAACCAAGAGAUCUUGUUUCUCCUACAUCAGAAAAGAACUCUACCGAUAAUUCUCAAUUACCGAUUCCUGUGUCUGAAGGGUCGCUUAUAUCACCCAAUUUCGCGAGUACCGCUAAUAGUAACCAUCGUCCCAAUUCCCGUAGAUGCAGCUUGUCCCAGCUAUCAUCUGUUAAUUCUUCCAGGUCUUCUCUGACCCGAUCUUACUCGAAUGUCUCUUCUACGUCUUCAACUUCGUUAGUAUCAAUUGUGUCCUCUCGACCAUCAACUGGAUACGGCACUCGUCCUGCCCCUUACCAUCUUCCUAUAGAUCGUUUGCAUAAAAACAUUCAAUUUCCCGGUGGUGACUCCAGCAACGCACGCAUUAAUGCAACUGCUAUCCUUACAGUUGGCUCUACUCGUCGCAUACCUCCAACAUCGUCAUCGCUAAUGUAUAAUAACCAAAAUUUUGUACAGGAGGAAGAUGAACCUGAAGAAAGUUUUACAUCCGAUUCUUCAAGACAUUUUUCCGACAUCUAUUAAGUAAAAGUAAUGACCUAUUUAUUAUUGAAUGCUACUACUAGUUUUCAUAUUAAUUUUAUGUGUUAUUUUAUAAUUCAGUUGUAUAUUGAUCUAAUUGUAACUAAAUAAAGGAAGUCC